AUGUCGCCGCGUCCCCAGGGAGGAGAAGAUACAGGCUCCCCAGAUGCUUGGAUGCGGAAUGAAGGUUUGACGCCAUACGAGGUCAUGUUGCGGUCCGCGCCAUUCGACUAUCUCACCAACAUCGAGGGAGACAUCUACAACCCCCCCCCCCCCCCCCCCCCGGCAUUCCCGGUCUAUUACUUCUUCUACGGAACAUUGACGGCUCCAGCAACCCUCCAACGGAUCAUCGACCUCCCAAAAGAGCCCGAACUGCAGAAAGCCAAGCUCAUUGGAUACGCGCUCGGAAAAUGGGGCGAUUAUCCUGCCUUGAUAGAUGGAGAACCGGGCCAGGAGGUCCCGGGAUACGCCUACAUUGUGCAGUCCGAGGAAGAAGCCCAGAAGCUUGCCCAUUACGAGACGAACGCAUACAGAGAAGCACACUGCUUGAUCUAUCUCGUUGACAGCAAUGAGCCUGUGGAAGUGUCGGGCAAGACAUUCAAGUACGUUGGAGAUGCAAAUGCCUUGUUGGAACAGCGAUUCGACCGCAAACUGUGGUUGCAUCAGAUGGCUGGGAAAUUAGGGUGA